UUCUUUUUGCGGUGGGCUCACAGCUCGCGACUCUGACUGUAGCGCGCGAGACAGUGGCAGCCAUGAACCAGGUUCCCUCACCUACCAGUGCCUCGCCAACGGGAAGCUCCAGCAAGAAGGAAGACCACAUUAAACGCCCCAUGAACGCCUUCAUGGUGUGGUCGCGCAUGCAGCGGCGCAAGAUCGCCCAGGAGAACCCCAAGAUGCACAACUCGGAGAUCUCCAAGCGACUGGGCUCCGAGUGGAAGCUGCUGACGGAGGCGGAGAAGCGUCCCUUCAUCGAUGAGGCGAAACGUCUCCGGGCGCAGCACAUGAAGGAGCACCCUGACUACAAGUACCGCCCUCGCAGGAAGCCUAAGACGCUGCAGAAGAAUGGCUACAGCUUCCCGCUUCCCUACCUGGCCACUUCGGCGCUGGACCCGCUGGGCCCGCUUCACCAGACCUACUACUCGACACCUGCGGUGCCGUCACCGCUAGAUGUAGCCGGGGACAAGACCCGGCUCUUCCCAGGUGCUGCUGGCCUCCCCCACCACUUCUACCCCGGGUUCGACCCCCAGCACUUCACCAAGUUCGCUCAGGAGCACUAUAAACCCAUGACCUCACUGGCUUGCAACGACUCUGCCGCUGCCGCCGCCGCCGCCGCCGCCAGCGUCUCCGCCGCCUCUAUGGGCGGCAUGUCAACGGUGUCGGCCCUGUACUCGUCGUUGUACUCCAAAUCGGCGUCGUCGCUGCUGUCAGGGAUGUCUGCGGGUCUGAGCGGCGGGCAGCAGGGCGCGCCGCAACCGCAGCUUUACCCUGGAUACCCGCCCACCGUCGACCAGCUGCGGCGACCCGUCUCUGUGAUCUUCUGAACUGACCACCACCCACCGCCCCCGCUCCCACCGCCGCCGCGGACCACUACACCCUGAUGUACACAGGGUGUUCUAAGUGUACAUAGUGUACAGUAGUGAGGAGUGAGACACAGUGUGUGGAGAGACAUCACAUAGUGUGGAGGAGAGACACAGUGUGGAGACAUCGCAUAGUGUGACGUCCUGGCCAAUGAUUAGUUGGUAGAUGAAGUCGUCCCGUUCUUUGUGUAGGACCACUGAAGGUGUGAUGUUGGACCACUGUAGGUGUGACACUGGACCACUAAAAGUGUUGAUGCUGGACCCCUGUAGGUGUCAUGCUGCACCACUCCAGGUGUGAUGUUGGACUACUGCAGGAGUGGCACCGGACCACUCCAGGUGAUAUGGACCAUUAAAAAAAAACAAGGUGAAACACACAAUAGCAGAGAUGAGGUGUGGGAAGCACUCCAAGUGUGGUGUAGAAGACUACCUGUUGACUACCUACCUGUAGACUAAUCCCUGAGGGGGAAAGAGGAGGAGGAGAAGGGGGGAAUCAUCACCCCCGCGGCCUGGUCUCAGACCAAAUCCCGGUCUGGGGGGAGGGGGCUUGUCAUAGCGAGUCACUGCGUCCUUGCCUACCUGGUGAGGGACGUCGAGUGUACAGUGUGCCAUUAGAUGGUGCAUUGGGGCCCUAUCUUGAGGCACUGUAAGUACUUACAAAGUAUUUCUGUUUCGCUGAGUCCCUCUAAAGUGAAAGUGUGUACACUCAAGUGUGGCUUACAUUGCUCCCGGGACCAGAUUUUCAACUUUAACCAGUGUACAAGUGUACAAGUAUACAAGUGUACAAGUGUACAAGUGCAUCUAGACUAGUCCUUUCAAGCUCAUCUAUGAAUUAUAUCAAGAUUUGUGCUGUUUUAAUGUUAAAUUAUAUAUAUACAUAUAUAUGUAUGUAUGUGUGAGUGUGUGUGUA